AUGGCGACACAUGCCCUACAGGACCCUAUUCCAGCUCAUUUACCGAUCGCGGAAUACCUAGACAAGAAAUUUCGACUAUCCGCCCUGCCGACGCUGGAGUUUGCAAUCGCUCGCGAUGAGGUAUUCAGCGCAAGUCUUCGGGGCAACUCAACGUCCUCGGAGUCGUUGAUACGGGAUUACGACUCAAAAGAGAAGGAGGAUGUAGAGGAUGAUUAUGUAACGGGGUGGAAGCUGUUCAGCUUGAUGGUGGCGAUUACACUGGCGUCGUUUUUGGUGUUGCUGGACAUGUCUAUCAUUGUGACGGCUAUCCCUCGAAUAACGACCUAUUUUCAAUCCUUGCACGACGUGGGUUGGUAUGGUGCUGCUUAUAACUUGUCAAGUGCGGCGCUUCAACCACUUUCCGGCAAAUUCUACACCUACUUCCGGACCAAGUGGAUAUUUCUCUCCUUCCUCCUCUUAUUCCAAAUCGGCUCUUUAAUAUGCGGCAUCGCCAGCUCCUCCACCAUGUUCAUCCUCGGCAGAGCAGUCGCCGGCCUCGGCAGCGCCGGUCUACAAAACGGCGCAUUCACAAUCAUCGUCGCCGCUGCACCGCUCGAAAAGCGGCCAGCACUAAUGGGCAUGGUCAUGGGCGGUUGUCAGAUCGGACUUGUAGCCGGACCCUUGGUCGGCGGAGCGCUAACAGAAUACACGACCUGGCGAUGGUGCUUCUAUAUCAACUUCCCCAUAGGCGGUCUCGCAGCUCUAGUCAUCGCGCUCGUCUCGAUUCCCGACCGCCGCGUCCGCAUCCCCGGGGGCACAUGGGAUAUUAUCCGCAGCAGAUUUGACCUCCCCGGCUUCGUGCUCUUCGCCCCCUGGGCAAUCAUGAUUCUGCUCGCCGUUGAGUACGGCGGCAUUACGUACCCUUGGAAUUCUCCCAUCGUCAUUGGCUUACUGGCAGGUGGUGUGGCAACGCUGGUUCUGUUUGUGUAUUGGGAGAAGCGGGUUGGUGAGAAUGCCAUGAUCCCGUUGAGUAUUAUUCGUAAGCGGGAAAUCUGGACGGCCUGUCUUCUCAUGGUGUUUUUGUUUACUGCCUUGUUUGGAGCGAGUUAUUACCUGCCAAUUUAUUUUCAGAGCAUAAAGGGCGCGAGUCCGUUCCUGAGCGGAGUAUAUAUCCUACCAAGCCUUAUAACGCAGCUUGUGUUUGCUGUAAUUUCCGGGUUUCUAGUCCAAAAAAUGGGAUACUACCUCCCCUUCGCAGUCGCUUCUGGCGCCAUCGUCGCCAUCGGUAGCGGCCUCCUCGCUACUCUCGAUCCGUUCACCCCAACAGCCAAAUGGGUCGGCUACCAGAUCUUUGUAGGCGCCGGCCGCGGGCUAGGCAUGCAGAUUGCACUGAUUGCAAUCCAGGCGAACACUCCUUCGCCGCUGGUUGCCAUUGCAACUGCCACCAUGGUGUUUUGCCAGACGUUCAGCGGGGCAAUGUUCAUUGCUGUUGCGAAUACGCUUUUUAAUAGCACGCUGAAGAAGGAGUUGACGAGGAGGAUUCCGAGUAUGGAUGCGGAUGAGAUUAUUCGGGCUGGGGCGACGGGCGUGCGGACUGUGGUUCGGGAGGAGUUGUUGCCGGCUGCGGAGAUGUCGUAUGCAAAGGGGUUUCAGUCGGUGUUUUAUCUUGUUAUUGCGUUGGCGGGUUGUAUGUUUUUUGUGGCGUGGGGGAUUGGGUGGAAGGAUAUUAGGAAGAAGAAGAGGGAUCAAAAGGAGAGGCGUGAAGUGUGA